AUGCUGGAGUUGGUUAUGCAUCAGUUUGAUAAGAAGAGGGCGUAUAUCAUCACGAGUGACAAUACGCAUUACAUGACGAAGGAUAGGGGAGAGAGUUGGCAGGAAUUUGGGGCUGCGAGUCAAGCGUCCAUAUUUAGGGAAGUGUUGACUUUCAAUGCGGGGGAUCCUGAUAGGAUUAUUUUUAAUGCGAUGGAUUGUGCGGGAAUCUUUUGUGAUGAAUUGACGCUGUAUACUACCGAUGGCUUUGCCAACGAUCCCAAAUUCCUGCGAGCCGAUACUUCUGGAUGUCAUUGGGCCAAAAGCACCGACAUUUUCACCACUUAUGAUAAAGACCUGGAUAGUGAUCGGAUCUUGUGUGUAGUGAAGGGCAGAUUCUCUCCAUGGCGGAAGGAUUAUCGACUCCUUAUUUCAGACAGCUAUUUCAAGGACGAAUUCGAGCCAGAGCUUGAACCUGGAAGAACUGUUCAAGGAGUCGUAAACAUGGCAGUUGUGAAACCCUACGUGAUAGUUGCAGCAUCCGCCGAAGGCACCGAUGAGAUGGCCUUGUACGUCUCAGACGAUACGAUAAGAUGGUCCAGAGCCAUUUUCCCCCACGACCACAAGUUGACGGAAGAGGCGUACACUGUGUUAGAGGGCACGAAUUACAGCAUUCAAAUUGAUGUUUUGAACUCGCGGCCUUCGAACCCAAUGGGAGUUUUCCUGAGCAGUAAUUCAAAUGGUACCUACUUCACAAGGAAAAUGGAGCAUACCAACCGAAACACCUACGGGCUGGUGGACUUCGAGAAGAUUACUGGUGUUCAAGGAGUAGUUAUGCUCAAUGUUGUGCAGAACUGGGAAGAAGUCGAGACUUCUAAUGCCGAGAAGAAGAUCAAGUCUCAAAUCAGCUUUGACGACGGAUUUACCUUUGAGCCUUUGACUUAUAAGAAGAAGGAUCUUCAUCUGCAUUCCGUCACUGACCUCUCGAAUACCGGACGAGUGUUCUCAAGUCCAGCUCCUGGAAUGGUCAUGGGGAUUGGUAACACUGGAUCGUACCUCAAAGAUUACAGUGAAGGAAAUCUGUACGUGUCUGAUGAUGCUGGAUUGACUUGGCGAGAAGGUCUUGAUGGCCCACAUAAGUAUGAGUUCGGCGACCAAGGUUCUAUUCUGGUUGCGAUCAAGGAUGCCGGCAUGCGUGACGAUGAUUACACGGACGAAGUCAAAUACUCUCUCGAUCAUGGCAAAGAGUGGAAAAAUGUGAAGCUGGAUACAAAGAUCAAGCCAAUUCAACUCACCACUACUCAAGACUCAACUAGUUUGAAGUUUUUGAUCGAAGCAGUGGAUGAUUCCAAGCCUAACGCCAACGGCUACAUCAUCUCGCUGGAUUUCGAUGGCUUGCAUGAGCGACAGUGCAAGGAUAGCGAUAUGGAGACUUGGCCUGCACGAGUUGACGAUGAUGGCAACCCGACUUGCAUCAUGGGCCAGAAGCAGUCUUACCGAAGACGCAAAGCAGAUGCCGAUUGUUUCUUGAAAGACGAAUUCAAGGAUCCACAAUACAUUUCCGAGCCUUGCGAAUGCACAGAUGCUGACUUUGAAUGCGAUUACAAUUUCGUCAGGAGCGAGGAUCGAAAAGAAUGCAACUUGGCACCAGGAGGAAAACCUCCACUGCCAUGUGGUGCAUGCAAGGCCUUCGGACCAGAGGACACUUUCAAGGGAACAAAUGGCUGGCGAAUGAUCCCGGGCAAUCAGUGCAAGAGGGGUUCUGGAAAGCAAAAGGAUGAACCAGUUGACAGGAAGUGUGCUGACGCUGGCGGGACCCCUGCUGGCUCUGGCAAACUCGAUCAAGUUCAGAAGGUAUUUCCCGGUUAUAACUUCAAGAACAAGGUCUAUCUCGAGAGGACUGGCAUCAGCACUGGUGCUGACGAAACUGUUCUUGUGCGAACCGAGGAUGGAGUUUUCAUUUCACAAGACCAUGGAAAAACUUGGGACCAGCUUUUCAAGGACGAAGCCAUUGUUGCUAUUUACCCUCACCCAUACUUUAACGACAUGGUCUUCUUCUUGACUCCGUCAAAGAAGGUCUUCUAUUCCACUGAUCGUGGAAAGAAUGUGAGGAGCUUCAACGCGCCUAGUGAGCCAAAUGUGGAUGGCUUUCCAGUCAUGAACUUCCACCCAGACAAUAAAGAUUGGAUCAUCUGGAUUGGUGCUCGAGACUGUCCUGGAUCCGAGUGUCACGCAGUUGCUUCCCUCACUCUCGAUCGAGGCGACGGUGAUUGGAAGACUUUACAACGAUAUGUCCGCAAAUGCGAGUUCAUAGAGGAGCCUGCAAGCAAGUAUCGCAACCUUGAAUUGGCACAGAAGAAGAUCAAGUUACCAGACGAGAAGGCCAGAGAGAAGCUCAUCUUCUGUGAAGCCAGAAAGCACGAGAGUAACGACAUCAACGACAAUCCUUGGACGUUGGUAUCCAGCGACGACUUCUUCAACGAAGCACCUAAUCAGCACUUUGACAAUGUUGUCGACUUUGCUACCAUGUCUGAAUUCAUCGUUGUUGCGACCAAGGAUGACGAGAAGUCUACCCUGAAAGUCCAGGCUAGCAUUGAUGGAGCUACAUUUGCCUCGGCCGACUUCCCGCACGGUUUUAACGUUGAUCACCAACAAGGUUACACUGUAUUGGACAGCUCGACUCACUCAGUCUUUCUACAUGUCACGGUCAACAAUGAGCAAGGUUUCGAGUAUGGAAGCAUCAUCAAGAGCAAUUCGAAUGGUACUUCUUACGUCAUGGCUUUGGAUGCUGUAGACAGAGAUUCUGUUGGCUAUGUUGACUUUGAGAAGAUGUUUGGCAUUGAAGGUGUUGCUAUGGUCAACGUCGUUUCAAAUUACAAGGACAAGAACUUCAAGAAGGAUGGUAAAAAGCUCAAGACAAUGAUCACCCAUAACGAUGGAGCUGAGUGGGACUAUCUCCCACCGCCAAAAGCUGAUGAAGAUGGCAAGAAAUACGGAUGUGGCAGCAAACUGGACAAGUGUUCGUUGCAUAUUCAUGGAUACACUGAGCGUAGCGACAAGUCACACACCUAUUCCUCUGCAUCUGCGAUUGGUCUAAUGGUUGGCACUGGAAAUGUUGGAGAAUUCCUCACGACCAAGAAGGAUGCUGACACGUUCAUGACCUCUGAUGCUGGUGUCAACUGGAAGUUCGUCAAGAAGGGAAUGUACAUGUGGGAGUUCGGUGACCAAGGCUCCAUCGUCGUGAUUGUCAAGGAAAGAGAACCCACUAAGGAGGUCUUCUACUCUCUUGACGAGGGUGAUUCUUGGGUUCCGUAUAACUUUGCUGAGAGCGAAGUUACGAUUGAUGACAUCACCACUGUUCCAAGCGAUAAUUCGCGGAACUUCCUCCUAUGGGGCCAAGAUGGAAGUGGCAAACUGAUAACGUUCAAUCUCGACUUCUCUGGUCUUACAGACCAGCAAUGCGAGCUUGACGAGGGUAAUGUCAAUGCAGGAGACUACUACCUCUGGACUCCCAAGCAUCCCAAACAAGAUGACGACUGCUUGUUUGGUCACGAAUCACAAUAUCACCGCAAGAGAACAGACAAGACCUGCUACAACGGCAGGAUGAUUCCUCAUCUCCACGACAUUGCAAAGAACUGCUCUUGCACAAGACGGGACUUCGAAUGUGACUUCAACUACGAACGUCAAAGUGAUGGAUCCUGCGCCCUCGUUUCCGGCCUCUCACCACCUGACCCAGCACUCAUCUGCACCGUCGACGAGGACCGCAUCGAGUAUGACGACCCUACCGGCUACCGCCGCAUCCCAAUCACAACCUGCGUCGACGGUCUCCAAAUGGACAAGAGCAUCUCCCACGCAUGCCCGGGCAAGGGCGACCAAUUCAAGAAGAAGCACGGCCUCAGCGCAGCUGGCAUCUUCUUCGCGGUCACAAUCCCCAUUGCCGCUGCAGCAGGAGUCGGCUACUGGGUCUGGAAGAACUGGGCCAACAAGUUUGGCCAGAUUCGCUUGGGCGAACAAUCAUCAUUCGACAGCGAAGCACCUUAUAUCAAGUACCCCGUCCUCAUAAUCGCCGGUCUCGUCGCCGCAAUCCAAGCAGCACCCCUCCUGAUCUCCAGCCUCUGGCGCAGUGCAACCACCGCCUUCGGAAGGAGUAGACCCGCCCGCUUCACUACGAGAGAUAGUUUCGCCCGCGGUAGAGGCGAUUACGCCGUCGUGGAUGACGACGAGGGGGAGUUACUUGGUGAGGAAAGUGAUGAGGAAGUUUAG